UUCAAAAUAUCUUCACUUCUACCUCACUUGCUUUGUUUUCUUCCUCAAGUACUCUGGGGUUUUAAUUCUUUCGUGUUGAUUAUAAUAUAUACUACUCAUUCUUGAUUCUUGUCCAUUUCUACCGUAACCAUCGAUGGAUAUGCAUCGUCGUAACGUGGUCGUGCACCCCUUCCCUUGUUUGCAUUGCCACCCUCACACCUACAUUAGAAUGGUUCAGAAUCUUAUAGAGAGGUGCUUGUUGCUUCACAUGGACAGAGAUCAAUGCGUGAAGGCCUUGGCUGAGCAUGCUCGAAUUCGACCUCUCGUCACUCUCACAGUGUGGAAAGAGCUGCUGAAAGAGAACGAAGAUUUCUUUCGAUCAUACUUCCGAUCUCUAUCUCCAAGACCAUACAUACAUCGAUAUGUUCAAAGGGCACCAAAAUUUGGGAGAAGAAGCCACUGGAAAUAAACGACAAGAAGAAAGAAAUGAUCUCAUAUAUACAUAUAUAUAUGUGUACAUGGACAUAGAUAUUGCCAAUGAACAAUAUAUAUGGGGGAUAUAUAUAUAUAUAUAGCAAUUCGUAACUAGGGUUUUUAUUUAGCAAGAAAACGGACAACAUAUGUAUUGGAUUGUAGUAGGUUUCCCUUCCUUGUCUACAUAUUUUUUUUUUCUUUAAUGUUGUGUUAGAAGAUUCGCAAACAAAUUAAGUGAGUUAUCAAAAGUUAGUAAAUGUUCAAUUCCUGUA